CAAACGGGCGCCAAACGUAAACGCCGACCACCCAAGGCCUCCCACGCGGCCGGCCCGAAAAUCGCACCGCACACCUCUGCAGCCUGGUGGGACCUGGACUGGCUCACACCAGAACCCCUACAGACGCAGGCUCAAAGGUCAGAAGUAAUGGGCAAAAAAUCCCACAAAUUCCAAGCGGCCGCCUCACAAGACCUGCAGGACAUAGGCGUGCUGCUACAACGCACACCAAAGCCCAGGGAGCAGGAGCAGACUUGA